AUGUCCGAUGUUAAAAGACUGCACUCCGAAGUUAGUUCAUCACCUUAUGAUUCAUUGAACGAAACAAGAAAAAUGACAAAAGCUGGUCGUAAACCUUUAGAAACUGAACCAAAAUCUAAAAGAACAGCACAAAAUAGAGCAGCUCAAAGAGCUUAUAGAGAACGUAAAGAAAAGAAAAUGAAAGAAUUGGAAGAUAAAGUUAAAUUAUUAGAAGAUAAAAAUAUAAAAGCAAUAACUGAAUCCGAUUUUUUAAAGGCUCAAGUUGCUAUGUUACAAGAAGAAUUGUCAAAAUUUAGAGGCGAUAAACAAUUUGAUUUUUCAACUUUAAAAGUUGGUAAUUUAUCAGCCACGGCACAAGCUCCAAGAAUUGAUUCAUCAGUUUCAUCAUCAUCACCAGAAAAUGAAAAUUUAUCAUCUAAUAAAGGUUCAGUAUCGUCAAAAUCUUCAUUAUCGUUUGAUCAUGGGUUUUCAUUUGAUAAUCCUUGGUCUAAAGAUAAAUUAUCAUUGCUAAAACAACAACAAAAUCAAGAAAAUCAACAACAACCAAAAUUAUCACAUCGGUCAUCACAAGAUAGUAAUAAUUAUAGCUUAUCUAAUUUAGAUGAGCUUCCAGAUUUAACUUCAUCUGGGACAAGUCCAUUAAAUGUAAAUUUAACAAAUUCAUCAAAAUCAACACCAAGUUCAAACAAUUAUAAUUUAUUUGAAGAAAAAACAAAUCCAUUCUGUGCUCAAUUAGGUCAAGCUUGUGGUGAUAGAGAAAAUCCAAUACCGAAAUUUAAAAAAGAAAUAUGUUCAACAUUAAAAUCACCAGAUGAAGAAGAUCAAUCAAAACAUGAUUUUUUUAAUUUUGAUAAAAAUAAUUUAGAUGAUCCAUUAUCAUUUUUGAAUGAGAAUAAUUUUGAUAUGUCAUUAGCUUUUGAUUUAAAUAAUAAUAAACCAGAUUCAUAUUUAGAUUUAUUAACCACUGAAGAGUCAAUAUAUGAUCCAUUUAAAGAUACAACUAAUAAUAACAUAAAUACAAACUAUAAUUUUAACGAAUUUGUUAAAUCAUCAAUACCCAAUGAAGAAAAAGAUGAAAAUAAUAAUAAUGAUCCAGAUAAUGAAGUUGUACCUGCUCCUGAAUCAACUAUGAAAUGUAGUGAAAUAUGGGAUAGAAUAACUGCUCACCCGAAGUAUACUGAAUUAGACAUUGAUGGAUUAUGUAAUGAAUUAAAAGCAAAAGCAAAAUGUUCAGAACAAGGAGUUGUUAUAAAUACAAAAGAUGUCAAUCAAUUAUUACAAAAUUUUAAAACUUAA